GGUAUUAUAAACGGAACGACACCCGUGCAGCUGUAAACAGUGCGGUAACUGAGUAGUUGCUUGAGCGGACAACACGUCAACGUUAUUCUCGAUUGCUGUCGUCGGUGUUGACACCGUACGUGUGCACAAAAACACAGAGGGCUACGUGAAACAUGGGAGGACUGUUCAGUUACUUUCGGGGGCUGUUAGGCAGCCGGGAGAUGCGGAUACUGAUUCUCGGUCUGGAUGGUGCCGGCAAGACGACAAUACUAUACCGGUUGCAGGUGGGCGAGGUAGUCACCACAAUACCGACGAUAGGGUUCAAUGUGGAGCAGGUAACAUACAAAAACCUCAAAUUCCAAGUGUGGGAUCUUGGAGGACAGACCAGCAUACGACCAUACUGGCGUUGCUAUUACAGCAAUACAGACGCUAUCAUAUAUGUAGUUGAUUCCGCAGAUAAGGAUAGGAUAGGCAUAUCGAAAGACGAAUUGCUUUAUAUGCUAAGAGAAGAUGAGCUUGCUGGAGCAAUAUUGGUCGUGCUGGCCAACAAGCAAGACAUGGAAGGGUGCAUGAGCGUGGCCGAAGUACACCAGGCGCUAGGGUUGGAAGCGCUGAAAAACCGAACGUUCCAAAUAUUCAAAACAUCCGCCACCAAAGGAGAGGGCCUCGAUCAGGCUAUGGACUGGCUUUCUAAUGCGUUACAGGCGCGGAAAUAGCUUCGGAGAGACCGCGUGCAGCCGUGGUUUUCGACCGCUUCCCAGCCGUUUUCAUUACGUUCUAUUUACUUCGCCACACCGUUUUGACCCAUUCAAUGCAGGUUCGAUCAUUGUCGACAAGAAGCGCUUCAGAGCGUGAACGUCCUACAUUCGGGUCGAGGGCGACCAGGGAGGUUUUUGUAGAAUAUUUUCAACAAAGCUUUCGACGAUGAAAGCAGCAAUCAUCAGCUUAUGUACCCUCGAUUCUGCUAAGGCCUGUGCUAUUCCUCGCCAACCCAGAUGUAGUGAGGAGGUGCGCAAUCUUACAUUACCAGUCCUGAUAAUCGAAUGAUUAUGCUUGGGCCGAUCCUAGCAUUUCGGAUAUAGCUUUCAUCUUGUCUUAUGUGUUACUGCUUUUUGUUUGUUAGUUUAUUAUGCAGCAAUGAUGCAAUCGAAAGCACCGAUAAACACAUUUUGCGCAAAACGGUUUAAGAUAAUGCUUCUUACGAGAAAAAAAGAAAGGAAAAUUGCAUCGUAUGUGCAGCAAGACUAGGAUAAUAAUUCCAAUAAGCUACGAAAGCAACGCCUAAGUCUUUUUAGCUGCGGUGCGAUAUGAUGUAUGACAUUUGGUCGUACUUUCUGAGGCACCACGCCCUUCGUUUUGUAUUUCUCUUCCCGGUGGUUUCCUAAUAGGCGAUGGGCUUAGCGAAACAGGCAGUGCAUUUGCAUCGGAGGGCGGAACAACGGAUUUGUUGGAUCAAAAAGCAUUAAUUUUAUAUUUAAAAAGUAUGUACCAUUAAACAAAUAUUAUACAAACGGAUUAAGUUAA